AUGUCUCAUAUUGAGCUUGAGUCGUGGAUUGCUAAAACCUUAAUUCUUUUAAAGUCACCAUCUGAAGAAUCGGUCGAAGAACUGAGAAGUAUGCUUGUUGAAACUAUUCACCAAAAAUAUAAUGGUAGAAAACAAUACAAAAUGAUACCUCCAGUCACAGGCUGUGAAAAUAACGAAAGGAUUAAAUCAAAAGAUGCUAAAUCGCAUAGUUCAAGCGACCAUAAACACAAACAUGGGGGAUUUUCUCCUUCAGUAACUGCAAGUCCUGAUUCUUAUGCUAGUGAUUCAGAUUCGUCUAGUACUAAUAGUGAAAUGGUAAUACUUGAAGAAGAUGUCACUUGUUCUGUUUGUAGAGAGGGCGUUUAUACACAGUGGAAUCAAAUUAUGGAUUGUGCGGAAUGCCACGCAGUUUACCAUCAGCAGUGUCAUAAUCCUCCUGUGCCAGAUUCAGACGUCAGUGAUCCUAGGGUUGUUUGGUAUUGUCGUAACUGUACCAAAACUCUUAGUAAACCUAAAACUUCAUCAUUAGCAGGCUCAUCCUCUCAAAACAGCAAAAGCUCGUCUAAAACAAGUGGGAGGUCUAAUACGUCAUCUCCUUCUUUUGGAAGCAAACCAUUUGGAGGUGUCUCUGUGUCAAGUAAAAAGUCUUCAAGUAGUAAAAGUUCUCAUUCCAGCUCUAGUAAAUCUCAUACUCCAAAUAUAAAUAUAAUAUCAGCUGAUAAGAGACUUCAGAUAAUGAAAAAGAAAGCAGCUAGAAAACAAGAAAAACGGCCUAAAUAA